UAAUGAGAUUGGUACUAUGGCUGAUGUGCCUGAUAAAGAACUAGAAAAUUUUGCGAUGGUUGGCGAUAAAAUGUUUAUGAAGUUCAGUAAGCGAGUGUCUUUAUAUCCUGAACAGGUUAUAAGGUUUAACCGUGGUGGUGAACCAUUGUGGAUAUCUGAUAAAAAUACUAUUGAACCUGAAGAUGUGCCGCCUUGUCAAUAUUGUAAUGGCCCAAGAGUCUUUGAAUUUGAGAUUAUGCCUCAGCUAUUGAAUAACAUAAAUGUUACCACUACUCGAUGUAGCAUUGAUUGGGGUGUUCUUUGUAUAUAUACUUGCAAAAAAAGCUGUGACAUCGGAAGUGCUUACAAAAAGGAAUUUAUUCAUAAACAAGAUUUUAUUGAUAAAUAAUAACUAGCAAAAGUAAUU